AUGUUGCAGUUCCUCUUGCUGCUCAACCUCGCCCUGUCGGCAUCUGCUCGAGUCAUCCACAAAAAGGUCACUGUGGUCAACGAUGUGGUUGUCACUCCUUCUACAACCAGAUACGUGACCGUUACUGGCGGCCAGUCCGAGCACGUGACUCUUGAUCAGACUAUCGAGUCCGUCGAGACUGUGUUUGUGGCCCACACCGUUCCCACAACCGUCAUUACCGGCACUCUCAUCUCCACCGUCCAGUCUAUUAUCACUGCCAACCCGGUGACCCAGACUGAUUCGUACCCCACCACCGCAGAUGCUCCCCAGAUCAACAUCAACACUCUGACCGAGCCCAAGACCCUGGAUCCCUUUGAGGGAGUUGUAACUGAUGCUGAGCCCAUUCCCACAGAGGCCACCGUCGCUUCUUCCGCCUCUGCAACCCCCACCGCUACUCCUACUCAGUCUUCCUUCUCGGUGUCUAUCCGGUCUUCUUCUACUCCUGGUCCUGUUGAGUCCACUCCCGGUGUUGUUUCCAUCCCUGAUGGUCCCUCCACCACUUCUGCUCUGAUCUCUAGCUCCGUCGUUGCAUCUUCCGUUGCAUCUUCCGUUGCCUCUUCUGCUUCCGCCGCUGCUUCGUCUUCCGCCGCUGCUCCCAAGCCCAAGCCCAACCCCCCUCCUGCUUACAAUGGCGACCUGUUCGCAGCCAUUGACACCUCUGCCCCUCCCGGAGUUUUCAAGCAGGAGCCUCUGAACAUCCAGAUCCCCAACGGCGCCGUCAAAGAGCUUGGUCAGUCCCCCGUCCACACCAACAAGUUCUACUUCAACAUGUUCCUCGGUGACCGAACCAUGCCCGUCUACACCCAGCCCUACUCGGUGUGGUGGUCCAAGACCGACAAGUUCCCCGGUAUCGGUGUCUCUUACUCCCAGGCUAAGGACAAGGUCUACGGCCCCCAGAAGACCAACCCCAUGGAGUACAUGCUGAACCCCGUUGGAAUCAUGUCCUUUGUCUUCUCCGCCAAGGAGUUCACCACCGACAACAUGGAGAUGCAGCUGUCUGACCCCGACACUUUCUCUGCCACCACCACUGUUUCUACCGGUGACGGCUCCAUGGAACUUCCUCUUGUUCAGGGAAUGGGUUUUGUCACUGCCAAGUACAACGGUCUGACUCCUCUUCUGCUGACCCAGGUCGGCUUUGACUCCGUCGUCAAGGGCAACUCCCCCGUGCAGGGCACCCUUAAGUACGUGGCUAAGCUCUUCAACGGAGUCACUUGGACCAUCUACGUGACCACCUCUGAUCCUGACUUCAAGUUCCUCUUCCCCGACCCUCACACCAUCAAGACUCACUCCACCAAGCCCUGUGUGAUUCAGAUGGCCACCACUGGUGACGCUGACUCUGAUGCUGGCUCUGCUGUGUCUGGCUUCGACAAGGCAGCUGGUUCCUACCCCGUUUCUGCCUCUCUCAACGGCCAGGCUAACGGAGGUUCUGCUCAAUACUCCAUCGACUACAAGACGGAGGGAUCUUCUGCUUCUGGCUCAACUCUGCUGUUUGCUCUGUCUCACCACAAGAGCUCCAUGGUUUCUCAGUCCGGUGCUGUUUCCGGCCCUAAGAUCCAGUCCACCAACAAGGGUCCUAUGUACGCCUACGUGGCCAACUCUCUGACCCUCGCUGAGACCCUCGAGACUGAUCUGCAGUUCCUUCCCUGGUCCCAGGUGUCUGGAUUUGCUGGUAAGGCCACCCUGACUGCUGCGCAGCAGAAGCUGAUUGCCGAGGUGGCCAACUCAGAGCUCAAGCAGGAUAUUGGAAGCCAGACCAACCUGGACACGAACUACUUCUCCGGCAAGGCUCUGGACAAGUUCGCCUACAUUCUGCUGGUUCUGUCUGAUAUGAUUGAGGAUGAGACCACCACCAAGUCUGUUCUGGACCAGCUCAAGAAGGCCUUCGCCGUCUUCACUAAGAACACUCAGGUAUCUCCCUUCAUCUACGACACUCUGUUCAAGGGAGUCACCUCCGGUGCUGCCCAAGCCUCUGGCGACUCUGGUGCUGACUUUGGUUCUCCUUACUACAAUGACCACCACUUCCACUACGGCUAUUUCCUUCAUGCCGCAGCUGUGAUUGGCCAUGUUGAUGCCAAGUACGGAGAUGGUCAGUGGGUCAACGAGAACAAGGACUGGGUCAACUCUCUUAUCCGAGACACCGCCAACCCUUCCAAGGACGACUCUUACUUCCCUGUCUACCGAUCUUUUGACUGGUUCUCCGGCCACUCUUGGGCCAAGGGUCUCUUCCCUGCUGCCGAUGGUAAGGACGAGGAGUCAACCUCUGAGGACUACAACCACGCCUACGGAAUGAAGCUGUGGGGUAACGUUGUCGGCGAUAAGGCUAUGGAGGCCCGAGGAGACCUGAUGCUGGCUGUCAUGAAGAGAUCUAUGAAUGACUAUUUCUACAUGAAGGACGACAACAAGAUCCAGCCCGAGCAGCUCAUUGGCAACAAGAUCCCCGGUAUCACCUUUGAGAACAAGCUGGACUACACCACCUACUUUGGCACCAACCCCGAGUACAUCCACGGUAUCCACAUGAUCCCCGUCACUCCUGUCUCUUCUCUGCUCCGAGACCCUACAUUCGUCCAGGAGGAGUGGGAGCAGAACGUGUCCAAGUUCAUUGGAGACGUCAACUCUGGAUGGCUCGGAAUCCUACACUCUAACCAGGCUCUUUACGACCCCAAGAGUGCCUACGAGUUUUUCUCUCAGGACAAUUUCCAGACUCUUUGGCUUGAUGGAGGUGCUUCUCGAACCUGGUAUCUCGCCUACUCUGCCGCAGUGUCCGCCUAG